AUGGCAUCUCGUCCGGAAUCUAGCAGGGCCGCUGGUCUUCGUGAAAGCGCGCGAAGACAGGAGUCAUUUUACGCAGACCCUGUCGAUGAGCCUAGUAGUCGAAAACGGAAGCAAGCCCAGGGUGGGGUGGCCCCCAAGAGCACCAAGACAAGCAAGGAGGAAUCGAAGUCUUUGGAUACCGACUGGCUUGAAUCGGAUCUGAAAAACUCUUACGCUGGUCGAGUUUCAGAUCCUGCAAAGACAGAGCCAACUUUACAACGGACACAAUAUAUGCACCAAGAUCCUGCCAUUACGGAGUUGAGCAAGGUACCCGCGGGCUGGACUCGUCAUGAGCAUGACCUUCAUCCUGAUGAUUAUGAAGCCCAAGUUGAACGGUGCCUGGAGCGACUGGAAGAAAACAUCAUGCCGAUCUAUUUUGAAACCAGGCUGAAGGAGCUCGAAGAGAAGUGGAAAGAUCGCGAGUAA